AUGACUCCGAGCUUGAGAUUACAACCACGGUAUGAAGCUCCCUUUAUAUUAUCCGCCCGUCCCGCAAUCCAUCCUGUAAACUCUGGAAAUGUGGCUGACGUUUGGCGCUUUACCUCAAGAAGAGAGUAUCAUAUCGUGGUGCUUGGAGCUGCUCAAUUUGUCCAAAAUGUUUGGAUCGAAAGCUACGACCCUACAAUUGAAGACUCAUACCGAAAGAUUGUUGAUGUGGAUGGACGACAAUGUAUACUGGAGAUAGAACUCUACAUGAAACAAGGUCAGGGCUUCCUCCUCGUCUUCUCCAUAACCUCCAUGUCCUCCCUAAACGAACUCGCCGAACUCCGCGAACAAAUAAUCCGAAUAAAAGACGACGAAAACGUCCCCAUCGUCAUUGUCGGAAAUAAAUCAGACCUCGAAGAAGAUCGUGCCGUCUCGCGAUCGCGUGCCUUCGCCCUUUCGCAGCAAUGGGGAAACUCGCCAUAUUAUGAAACCUCUGCCCGACGGCGUGCUAACGUUAACGAGGUCUUUGUUGAUUUGUGUCGGCAAAUUAUCAGGAAGGACAUACAGGCGAGUCAGGAGAGGAGCAUGGAGCUGGCGAUGAAUGGGAGGAAUGGCGGCGGCGUUGGUGGUGCGGACAGACACCGCCGACACCAUGGCCGAUUACGGAACCAUCGGAGGAGAACGAAGGUAAAAGGGGACUGUGUGAUUUUGUAG